ACUGUCCCCAACCGCAAUGCCGCUUGCUCUACUUUUGUCUUGUGUUUUUCUAUCAACGGUUACGUCUCCUCCUUAAACGAGAGGUCACCCAAAACCAGACACACACACACACAAACGCAGUUUUAUCUCCCAAUCUCUAAACUUUCAGAACAACUAUGAAGAAGCAAAAGAAAGAGUGCUUUGGAGGCUUCAACCCCUUUGAUCUGCUCUCUGAAGAGAUCAUUUUCAUGAUCCUCGACCUUCUACACCGGAACCCGCUUGACAAAAAGUCCUUCUCUUUAGUUUGCAAGUCCUUCUACGCUACAGAAUCCAAGCACCGGAGGACCCUGAAGCCUCUCCGGCAAGAACACCUCCCAGCAAUCCUUUGCCGCUACCCCAAUAUCACCCAUCUCGAUCUCACCCUCUGCUCUCGUGUCACCGACGCCUCUCUCUCCAUUAUAUCCAAUGCAUGCACCUCUACUCUUCGUUCCGUUGAUUUCUCAAGAAGUCGCCUGUUUUCGACUUCCGGGUUGUUGGGUUUGGCUCUGAAUUGUAAGAACCUCGUCGAGAUUGAUUUGUCCAACGGGACAGAAUUGAAAGAUUCAGCUAUGGCAGCUGUUGCUGAGGCUAAGAAUUUGGAAAAGCUGUGGCUAGCCAGGUGUAAGUCGAUCACGGAUUUGGGCGUGGGAUGUGUUGCAGUUGGAUGCAGAAAGUUGAGGUUCGUUUGCUUGAAGUGGUGCUUGGGGGUUGGUGAUCUGGGUGUCGGUUUGAUUGCUGUUAAGUGCAAGCAAAUUCUUUACUUGGAUCUCUCUUACUUGCCUAUUACAAAUAAAUGUUUAUCGUCUGUCUUGAAAUUACAACAUCUAGAAGAUUUGGUUAUGGAAGGAUGCUUUGGUAUCGACGAUGACAGCCUUGCAGUCCUCAAGCACGGAUGCAAGUCAUUAAAGAGUCUUGAUGUGUCGACUUGUCAGAAUAUCACUGACAGUGGCUUGUCUUCCCUAAUAAGCGGUGCUGAAGGUCUGCAGCAACUCACAUUAGCCCAUGGUUCUCCAGUAACUUCUUCCCUUGCUGAUUGUUUGAAGAAGCUUUCCCUGUUGCAGUCAGUUAAAUUGGAUGGUUGUCUGAUUACCUAUGAUGGGUUGAAAACCAUUGGAAAUUGGUGUCUGUCGCUAAGGGAGCUGAGCUUAAGUAAAUGUUUAGGAGUGACAGAUGAAGGCCUCUCAUCAGUUGUAACAAAACACAAAGACUUAAGGAAGCUAGACAUUACAUGUUGCCGCAAGAUAACUGAUGUUUCUGUAGCCCACAUCACAAAUUCGUGCAACUUUCUUUCUUCUCUCAGGAUGGAGUCAUGCACUCUGGUUUCUAGAAAAGCCUUUGGUUUGAUUGGACAGCAGUGCCAUUUGCUUGAAGAGCUUGACCUUACAGAUAAUGAAAUUGACGAUGAAGGCCUUAAGUCCAUCUCCAGAUGUUCCAAACUAUCCAACUUAAAACUAGGAAUUUGCCUUAAUAUAACUGAUGAGGGACUCAUCCAUAUUGGCAGGGGCUGCUCAAAACUUAUAGAGCUUGAUCUGUACAGGUGUGCAGAAAUAACAGAUUUGGGUAUUUUAGCAAUUGCGCAAGGAUGCCCUGGCCUUGAAAUGAUUAAUAUAGCCUACUGUAAAGAUAUUACAGAUCGUUCCUUGCUAUCUUUAUCAAAGUGCUCAUGCUUAAAGACGUUUGAAAGUCGAGGGUGUUCACGGAUUACAUCUUUAGGACUAACAGCCAUUGCUGUGGGGUGCAAGGAACUUUCCAAGCUAGACAUAAAGAAGUGUCAUAACAUCGAUGAUGCUGGAAUGCUUCCACUUGCUCAUUUCUCUCAAAACCUCAGACAAAUUAACUUGUCCCAUAGCUCAGUUACGGAUGUAGGACUGUUAUCACUGGCCAGCAUCAGCUGCUUACAGAACAUAACCAUCUUGCACUUAAAAGGCUUGACCCCCAGUGGAUUGGCAGCUGCCUUACUGGCCUGUGCAGGGUUAAGAAAAGUGAAGCUUCAGGCAGCUUUUAGAUGGCUAUUACCCCAUCGACUUUUUGAACAUUUGGAAGCACGUGGUUGUAUGUUUCAGUGGAGAGAUAAAGUGCUUCAGGUGGAAUUAGAUCCCAAGUGUUGGAAAUUACAGUUGGAAGAUCCAAUGCCAUAGAGAUUCUUGAAGAUCUUGUAGGUCAGAGGAGUUGGCAGCUAUUAUUGUCAAAUGCAGAUUCCAGCAGUGAAUUCAGUGGAAUCAGUAAAGAUAUUGGGUUGUUGACAAAGCAUUAGCCUUCAGGUGAGACAACAGCUCUUGCCAACGAAAUGAAAAAGUUAGGCUAAGUUUCUUCAGGUGCCAUAUGUGGAUUGGAAUGUCGAACUGUCAGCCUUCGAUGUCAAAAUAAUCAAGCUUUAUGGCUGUAUGCCUCGCAUAGUUGCAUGUACAUGAAAAUUUUGAUAGAAUUGGAGAAUGUAUACUUAUGUUUGUUAGUCCCAAGUUUGCUUGAUGUAUAUGAUCAUUUUAUGGA